AGCUGUCAUGCAUAUCUCCAACCCCACGGCUUAGGUUAGCAAACCACAGAGAAGAAGAAAACGGCAACUGCACCAUGUCGUUAAUGGAACAAGAACAACGCUCUUCUUCCUCUCUAAUCAACUAAUUGCACACACAUUCUCACUGGAUUCAUGGAUCCCUGCCCUUUCGUCAGGCUGACGGUGGGGAAUUUAGCGCUCAAGUUCCCGGUCGCUGCCAAACCUGCUCGCGCCGCCGUCCACCCCUCCUCCUCGCCGUGUUACUGCACAAUCAACCUCAAAAACUUCCCCGUCCAGAGCGCCGUCGUCUCCUACAUUCCGCCGGAGAACAACACCUUCCCCGACGCCACCUCUCAGGCGACGUUCCACCUCACGAAACCCGAUCUCGAUAGGCUUACGGGGAAAUCCUCUCUCUUCUCCACGUCCAAGACGCCGCAGCUCAGUAUCUCGGUCUACUCCGGCCGCCGCGGCGCUACGUGCGGAGUCAGCUCGGGGAGGCUGCUGGGGAGAAUCGCCGUGCCUCUGGAUUUGGUGGCGGCGGAAUCGAAGGCGGCGGUGUUUCACAAUGGCUGGAUUAGUAUGGGGAAGGAGACGAAGAAGUCGGCGCAGUUUCACCUCAACGUGCGGGCUGAGCCUGACCCGAGGUUCGUGUUCCAGUUCGACGGAUCGCCUGAAUGCAGCCCGCAGGUUUUCCAAAUUCGCGGCAAUAUACGGCAGCCUGUUUUCACCUGCAACUUCAGUUUACGCGCAGCUGACCGCAAUCAACGCUCCAGGUCAUUGCCAUUGGAGGCUAGUUACAGUGGCGCAAGAGGUUGGUUGAGCUCUUUCGGCAGUGAAAGAGAAAGACCUUGCAAAGAAAGAAAAGGAUGGUCCAUCACAAUCCACGACCUCUCCGGUUCACCGGUCGCAGUCGCCUCAAUGGUCACCCCGUUCGUCGCCUCACCCGGCUCGGAUCGGGUGAGCCGCUCCAACCCCGGGUGCUGGCUCAUCCUGCGCCCGGGUGACGGGACGUGGAAGCCCUGGGGACGCCUCGAGGCAUGGCGCGAGCGCGGCUCAGCCGACGGCCUCGGGUACCGGUUCGAGCUGAUUCCCGACUCGGCCCCCGCCGGCAUUGUCCUAGCGGAGUCCAACCUCAGCUGCAGCAAGGGAGGGAAGUUUGUGAUAGAUUUGAACGGCAACUGCGUCGGGUCGAACGCCUCGACGCCGCGAAGCACUGCCACGUCGCCUGGCUGCAGCCCUCGGAGCAGCGGGGAUUUUGGGUACGGGCUGUGGCCGUACUGCAUGUACCGAGGGUUCGUGAUGUCGGCCACGGUGCAAGGGGAGGGUGGCAGAGGGGCGCCGCUGAUGGAGGUGGGCGUGCAGCAAGUGAACUGCACGGAGGAUGCGGCGGCGUUCGUGGCGCUGUCUGCGGCGCUAGACUUGAGCAUGGAUGCUUGCAGGCUUUUCUCUCAGAAGCUGCGGAAGGAGCUGUGCCCUCCAUCGCCGCAAGAUAUACUGUUUUAACUGGAAUUUGUUGAGUGUGGUAGGGAGUUUUAGGACUAACCAAGAAGAGUAGGAGAAAUGUACAGAAGGGAAGCCCGCUGUGUUUUUUGUUUAGUGUGAGGCUUUUUCAUUUUUUCACCAUUCUUGUUGGUCAUUUUUUACUUUUUUGUUCCUUCAAAUUUGUAUGAUUCACUCAUCAUACUAGUAUGAUAUUUUGUUGCUUAGAUUUAUGAUAUUAAUCUUUUUUCAA